AUGGCUACCGCUAAAAGUGCAUCUUAUGACUAUUUAAUUAAGCUUCUCUUGAUUGGCGAUUCCGGUGUUGGAAAAAGCUGCUUGUUGCUUCGUUUCUCUGACGACUCAUUCACCCCAUCCUUUAUCACGACCAUUGGUAUCGACUUUAAAAUCCGUACUAUCGAGUUGGAUGGCAAACGCAUCAAGUUGCAAAUUUGGGAUACUGCCGGUCAGGAACGCUUCCGCACUAUCACUACGGCCUAUUAUCGUGGUGCUAUGGGUAUCUUGUUGGUGUAUGAUGUUACCGAUGAACGAUCCUUUGGAAACGUGAGAAACUGGUUCUCCAAUAUUGAACAACAUGCAAGCGAAGGUGUCAACAAGAUCCUUAUUGGAAACAAGUGUGAUAUGGAGGAAAAGCGGGUGAUCACCGCCGAGCAAGGUCAAGAGCUUGCCAAUGAAUUAGGUAUUCGCUUCAUGGAAACCAGUGCAAAGGCCAAUAUUGGUGUAGAAGAGGCAUUCUUUGAUUUGGCAAGGGAUAUCAAAAAGAGAUUGAUCGACACUCAACAAGCUCAGCAAACUCGCCAAAGAGAAGAGGUUAGAUUGGACGCUACGACACCUUCAAAGAGUGGCUCCUCGUCAGGCCCUACCUGCUGCCAAUAA